AUGUCAACAGCACUCGUCCAAGCCCAGUACGGCAGCUAUGCAGCGGCCCAGACCGAAAACGACGCCGCCUACAACGAGCGGGUGGCCAGUGCGUUUGGAUACACGGCCGAGGACCUCGUGAGCAUCCCGCAGAACGCAAAUCUGGGCGUUAGCUGCGGGAAUCCGAUUGCUAUGGCGGGUUUGAAGGAGGGAGAGGUGGUCAUAGAUAUGGGUUGUGGUGCCGGCAUGGAUGUCUUUAUCGCCGCUCGCAAAGUAGGGCCGACUGGAAAGGUCAUUGGGAUAGACAUGACACAAGAAAUGCUCGACCUCGCCGCCAAAAACGCCCUCAAAGGCAACUACACCAACGUCGAAUUCAUCAAAUCCUACAUCCACUCCACCCCCACCCUCCCCGCCAGCACCGCCCACGUCAUCACCUCCAACUGCGUCCUCAACCUCCUCCCCGCCACGCACAAGCCCGCCGUCUUCACCGAGAUGUUCCGCCUCCUGCAGCCCUCCGGGCGCAUCGCCAUCUCCGACAUCCUCGCGCGCAAGCCGCUGCCCGAGGCCGUCAAGGCCAGCGCCGCACUCUACAUCGGCUGCGUGGCCGGCGCAAGCCUCGUCGAGGAGUAUCAGGCGUGGAUGAAGGACGCUGGGUUCGAGGAUGUAAUGAUCGUAGACACGAAGAAGGACCUCAAUAUCUACAAGGAAGGCAUCAUCAACGCCGCCGGCGCCGGCGAGAAAAAGAAGGGCAGCUGCUGUAAGCCCGCGCCCAAGGCGUGCUGCGGGGCGGCCCCGGAGGUUGCGCCGAAGGCGGCCGGGAUUGCGGAUUAUGAUCUCAAUGAGUUUGCGGGUGCGUUCCAGAUCUAUGCGGUGAAGCCAGCUGCGGCUGCGUAG